AAAACUUGAUUUAAUAUGGUAACUAGCACUUAAUGUUUAUGUCUCUAUGCACUGAAUGUCCUCUCCUUUCUCUUUCAUCUAGUGUAGGUCUUAUCUUAUUCCUUUUCUCUCAUAUAUAUCUCCCCAAUAUUUCUCAUCACAAUUCCCAUCCUCUAAAUAUUCAGGACACUCAUUAGGAACUUCAUAAGCAUCCAUGGAUCUACAACAAAUAGAUCAAGAUGUUUCAUUGCAAGAAGACCAAGAAGAAACUCCAUUUUCGCAAUUAAGCAAACAAAACUCAAUACUCUCACUUACCCUUGAUGAGUUCCAGUGCAAGAGUGGAAAGAGCUUUGGUUCCCUCAACAUGGAAGAAUUCCUAGCCAGCAUUUGGAGUUCCAGUGAUGAAGCUACUCAAUCAAACAAGAAUACAAAAACUGUUGCAACUGAAGAAGAACAAAACAUUUCCCAACAUGGUAACUCAUUUUCUGUCCCUCCUCCAAUUUGCAAGAAAACUGUGGAUGAAGUUUGGUCUGAGAUUCAUAAAAAGCAACCACAAUUCAAAGAAGAAAAUAAGCUUAACCGAAACGAGAUACUCAAGAAGCAGCAAACACUUGGAGAAAUGACUUUGGAGGAUUUCUUUGUAAAAGCCGGUGUAGUACAACAACAAUCAUCAUCCUUGUCAUUUCAGAAUCAUAGUGGCGGUGUUGUUUCAAGUCAUAUGAGACCAUUGAAUGUUGCAAGUUACGGUUUGAGGCCUUCUAUUGGAAUGGGAUUUUCUAGCAAUGGUCUUGUAACAUACCAAAUGUUGUCACAGAAUAACAACUCAGGAUUGCAGGACCGCGCAAUCGGGAAAUGUCAAAACUUGCCUGAGUCAAGUGGAUGUAAUACCAACAAGAGGAUAAUCGAUGGUCCUCCCGAAGUUGUAGUGGAGCGAAGGCAACGUAGAAUGUUGAAAAAUCGAGAAUCGGCCGCUCGUUCUCGAGCAAGAAGACAGGCAUAUACUGUGGAGCUAGAGGCAGAACUUAAUCUGCUAAAAGAAGAGAAUGAAAAGCUAAAACAAAUUCUGGCUGAAGCAGAGAGCAAGAGGAAACAAGAGCUUUUACAGAGAAAGAAUUCAACAAAGGUUCAAAAGGGAACAGAAAAAUUAAGAGGAAUAAGAAGGCCUAUAAGUGCAACCUGGUGAAUAAGCCUCAAGAGGGAGAGUUAAAAAACUUAAGUGUAAAUAUGAAGAAAAUAAUGUGUCUGUACUCAUGAGAAACUCUACUUGUGUUGUACAUUCUGAUAUAUGGACAAUUGAACAAAUACAGACAUAUGAAUGCUGCUAUUAUUCUGCUA